CCGAUUUACUUUCAUUUUCAUAUUUGCAACUACCUAAAAAAUGGAGACCGGACUACGAGAGAGGUGGUCUCCUGGUUUGGACCAGACAAAAAGUCGGAAAUAUGGCAUGAAACUGCGGGAUAUCGCCAAUGUCAUGUCAGGGAAACACCGGUUCACCUCCUCAACCAUCUGCAUCUCUGAAAGUGGAGGGAGGUACUAUGGAGCGUCCAUGUCCUGCACGGGGAAGAAAGAGGGACAGAUUAUGAUCGCUGUGUCCUGUCUGUGUACCUGGCACUACGGUGUAUCCAAUGCCGUGAUGACAUACAAGCCAGAUAAGAACAAGAGAAAGAACUUUGAUGGCACCAUGAAACUACAAGAGAAUGUCAAGUGCCAGGCUUCCAAUGUGAAGAGUGGGGAGAAGAUACCUCCUUGCAAGUCCUGUGGUAAUCUUUUUGGUCUGGAGAAACCAAGCAAUCAGAUGUGGCCCUAUGGGAACUGUGCAGAGGCAGAGAGCUUGAGCAAACUGCUCUAUGGAGAGGAAGAGAUUGUUAAGAAAGUAGUACAACCAGUUGAUUGCAAAAUACGAGAGCAAGUGGUGAAGGAGGUAAAGGCUCACCUGGAAGAGAAGCUCCAAGAGUCAGAAUUUCAAUGGGAUUCUUCCUAUUACAUUCCACAGUAGAUUCUCAGAGAUGACUGGUAAACGCAUGUGCACACACGCACACACACACACUACAUUUACAGAUAUACAGAUGCACAUUCCUACUGUGACACACUGAGAUCAAAAACAUUAAACAUAUAAUCAUAUCUUGGUGCAGGGCUAGCAACAUGUGAUUUGUGGCUGACAGCUAGUGUUGAAACAUUGCCAAAGCAGUGAACCACUCUGUGCAAAUAGUAUACAGUAUAACUGCUAGGCUAUAGCUAUCAGCUCUUAUCAAUGACAUCUGUGAGGUAGAUGGUUCUUUUAGUGGGGGACUUUGAGAACUUACACUCAACAAAAUAAAAGUUAGAUAAUCAGGCCCCCAUUGAUCUUGUUAUAAUGUUUUAUCAUAAGAAUACAGCUUUAGCCUUGUAAAAAUGCAGGUAAUUGCAGGAAAUGUGCUUAAAAACGACAAAAUUUGCUCUCAGUUCCAUGGCAAAAUGUAUAGAAUUGCAGGAAAUGUUGCAUUAAAACUGUCACAUUUUAUUUCAGCUCCAGGGCAAAAUGUGUAGAAUGGCAGGAAAUUAGCUUUAAAACAAAAUGUUCUCUACACCAACCCAUAUGGUGGGUUGUGACUCAAAAGACACCUCCAUUUGUGGCUCACAAAGCAAAAAAGUUUGGAAAUCCCUGGUUGGAAACCUCGAUGGAGAUACUGUAUUAUUCAUCAUUUGUUGGCUGUAUUUAAUUGAAUACUCUAGACAAAGCAUUUUACAUUAAACGUAUAUUAUUUUAAAUUGAUUUUAAACUUUACUUCUGCUGUAGGCAUUGAUGCACAUCUUACUCAUCUGUAACAAAUUACUAAUACUGUAACCGUUGGUGUGAAUUAAUGUCUGGGUUGACUAAUAUGUGAGGAAUGAAUAUAAUAAAGGAGACUAUGAUAAAGGAGUGUGUGUGUGUGUGUGUGUGUGUGUGUGUGUGUGUGUGUGUGUGUGUGUGUGUGUGUGUGUGUGUGUGCUUGUUUGAUCACCCAGUGUACUUGAGUUUCAGUGACUGUUUAGUUUGCAAACAGAAGGGUUGAGAGGAUUGAAAUAGCAAACAGGAAAGUGCUAAAUAGGGAAGUGCAAUCAAUGUAUUUAACAGCAAACUUUAACCAGGAACCAAAACGCUUGUCUGAUUCCAGUCAGUCCCGUCAUAUGGCCAUUAGACCAGUAGGGGCCGGUGUCACCCCAGACAAUAUCCCUAUUGAAAUUAAGACAAGUUUGGGUUUUAGUUAAAUAAUUAGUUCUUAAACAACUUGUCUUGACUUUCCUGGUAAAGGUUAGAUAUUUUAUUACAACUGGAAACUAGAUUUUUGUUCAGUGUUUUGUUUUGUCUUGUCAGCAUUUCUGUAUUUUGUAUUACUGCCUGCCUGUGUUAUCCUUAACACAUUGCAUGGACACCUUACCUUUUUCACAAGAGGAUGCUUUGAAAGCUACAGUAUUUGAAUGCAGUUUUAAAUCAAAUUGAUGACUUGCACAGCUGCACGUCACUAGUGGAUUCCUAACAUGCAAUAGGGCAGAUAAGCCACUGUUCAAAAGUACAGGGAAUAGGGUGGCAUUUUGGAUGGAUGGGCCGUGGUCAAAAGUAGUGCGUUAUGUUAGGGGGCCAUUUUG